GAGAGCGAGAGAGAGAGCAUGAACCCAAACUGUCAUCCGAUCAUCAAAUGUCAGCUCUUCUUCUCUUAGAGCAAACAACAAACAGCUUCAGUCCUGCGAGUCAAUGGCGCUCGCUCUCUCAUUCUCCGCUACCCCUGGUUCUCUUAGAGUCUGCACUGAGCGUGGGCAACUUUUCCACCUCGGCUCUUUUUUCCUGGACGGUGACAAGAGUCUCAGGAACGGCCGUCUAUCCCUUUCCCUCUCCUCUCCACAAUUUAAUAAGAAGAGGCUCUCGAGUAAGCGUUUGUCGACUGUAAUUACCGCCGCUGCAAACUAUUACUCCACUCUGGGGGUUCCUAAGUCUGCAAGCAGCAAAGAAAUCAAGGCUGCUUACCGAAAGUUGGCACGCCAGUACCACCCUGAUGUCAACAAGCAACCUGGAGCAACUGAAAAAUUUAAGGAGAUUAGCACUGCAUAUGAGGUGCUAUCAGAUGACAAAAAGAGGGCUAUGUAUGAUCAAUAUGGUGAAGCUGGAGUUAAGAGUUCUGUAGGGGGACCGGCUGGAGCUUAUACGACUAAUCCUUUUGACCUAUUCGAGACUUUCUUUGGAGCAAGUAUGGGAAAUUUUCCUGGUAUGGACCAGACUGGAUUUAGAACGCGUGGUCGCACUACUGUUAUUAAGGGUGAAGAUAUACGUUAUGACAUGACUUUGAAUUUUUCUGAGGCUAUCUUUGGAACUGAAAAAGAGUUCAAGCUUUCUCAUCUGGAAAAAUGUGAAGUUUGUGCUGGUACUGGAGCCAAGGUAGGAUCCAAGAUGAGAAUAUGUUCAACAUGUGGUGGCCAAGGUCAAGUUAUCCGGGCCGAACAAACACCUUUUGGUUUAUUUUCCCAGGUCUCUGUCUGUCCAAAUUGUGGUGGGAAUGGUGAAGUAGUUUCUGAAUAUUGUCGGAAAUGUGCGGGUGAAGGACGUGUUCGUAUUAAGAAAGAUAUAAAAGUUAAAGUCCCUCCUGGGGUCAGCAAAGGCAGCAUCCUCCGAGUUGCUGGGGAAGGUGAUGCAGGACCUAAAGGGGGGCUGCCAGGAGAUCUUUAUGUGUACCUGGAGGUUGAGGAGAUCCCGGAGAUUCAAAGAGAAGGCAUAAACCUCUAUUCAACAAUUUCUGUUAGCUAUAUAGAUGCCAUCUUGGGAACUGUUAUUAAGGUGACAACGGUUGAUGGGGUUACUGAACUACAGAUUCCCCCUGGUACUCAGCCUGAGGAUGUGGUUGUGUUAGCCAAAAAAGGUGCCCCAAAGCUAAAAAGGCCAUCAAUACGUGGUGAUCAUUUAUUCAUCAUUAAAGUCACUGUACCUAGUCGUAUCAGUACAAGGGAGCGUGAAUUGCUUGAAGAACUUGGUUUUCUACAUGAGACGAGUAGCCGCCGAGCAAGUCGCCCUAAACCCGAGCCGCUAACUAGAAGCUCGGAAAGUCAGAUGGGUACCUAUACAGAGAAAACUGAAGAAUCUGGAGCUCUGAAUGAUUUCUGGCAAAAGCUAAAAGAUUUUACUGGGUCUGUUGCGAAUGGAGCUCUGAAAUGGCUGAAAGAUAACUUCUAAUCUCGAAGAUGCUUUAUGUGAAGUUCUUUUUCUGCUUACUUGUGCAGUAUGGGGGCUAUACCAUAUUUCUCAGAACUGACCUCAAGAUCGAAGCAGCCAUUUUUAAUUUUAAAGUGAGCAUUUUCACCUUGUUGAUAUUUCAUUAUAUACAGGAAUCAAGCAGCAUCCCAGUGGAAAUUGUUAUAUCAUAUUUCCCCCCUUGUAAAUCUUA